AUGAAGGCAUCCCUCUCUUUGAUUGUUGCAGCUCUGGCCGCUGGUGUCGUUGCGGAUCUUCACUAUACUGGUGUUUGCGUUGACACCAACGGCGGUGUGGAUGCCUACAACCGAGCUGCCACUGAGAAGGCUUGCGCCGCGUACAAGAAGCGUAACACCGGUAACAAGCAAUGGGAUCAGUGCCCUGACUGCACGGUGAAGAACGAGAAGGACCUCCUCUACUACUGUGACUCUGCCGCCCAGCACAUUGGAGGUGACGAGUUGAACUAUUACUGCAAGCAGAACGGCGCUGGUGGCAGUGUGGCCUGGUAG